GUCGCUGCUGUCGCUUCUGCUCCCGGGAACCAAAUAAGGAAAUGACGUGCAGAUGUGCGUGUUCUCAAAUAGACAACCAUUAACUGUGUAUGUGGUCUAUGUAGACAACUGAGACUGACACCGACACCGGGUUUGUGAGAGGUAGAGGAGGGUGUGGGACCUGUCGCUGACACAAUACGAGGAUGGGUGACAUCACAGAAGUUGAGACAAGAUUCUACUCCAAUGCAGAGGACUACUGGAAGGAGGUCCCCCCCACAGUAGAUGGCAUGCUGGGAGGCUACGGCAGCAUCUCCAGCAUCGAUAUCAAUGGAUCCAAAGCUUUCCUGCAGAGGUUUCUUGGUGAAGGGGAAGGGAAGACGAGCACAGACUGUGCUCUGGAUUGCGGAGCAGGCAUCGGGAGGAUCACCAAGCGGUUACUGCUGCCUCUGUUCAAGACCGUAGACCUAGUGGACGUGACGCAGGAGUUUCUGGACAAAGCCAAGACAUACCUGGGCGAGGAGGGCAACAGAGUGGGGAAGUACCUUUGCAGCGGCCUGCAGGACUUUGUGCCAGAAAGUGGACGCUAUGAUGUCAUCUGGAUCCAGUGGGUUAUCGGCCACCUGACAGACGACCACCUGGUGGACUUCCUGCGGCGUUGCCAGAAAGCCCUGCGGCCGAACGGCCUCGUCAUCAUCAAGGACAAUGUGGCGUACGAGGGCGUGGUCCCCGACGAGGUGGACAGCAGCGUCUGCCGCGACUUAGACAUAGUUCACAGUCUGGUGGGCAGAGCGGGCCUCCGCAUUGUCCACGAGGAGCAACAGAUUAACUUCCCAAAGGAGAUCUACCAAGUCCACACACUGGCUCUCAGAUAGAACGGUUUCCUCCUCCACGGGACAGAGGGGGGGCUCGUACACAGGAUUUCUAAUGUGAAAAUGAUGUUUUUCUAGUCGGCUUAAAGUGACGGUUCAGAGUAACUUUACCCUACGAUCCUUUGCACCAAAAACCUCAAGCCAAACACGCCCCAAGACGCUUUUUUCACCUGGUUCUAACGUUGGGUCAGUUAGCUUAUCAGCUGGUUAGUUUAGUAUAGGCGCUAAUGGAACCAAGGGUGUAUCUGGUAAAUUACCUCACUUAUAAUGCCCAAAAUGAUACCAAACUUCUACAGUAGUACAAAUAUAUGUUAUGUACUCAUAAAAUGAUGGAUAGGGUAGUUUGUAAGUACACCAGGAGUUUUUUUUAAAUAACACUUGCCUGCUGGCUCCUCUGCAGAGCAUAGGGCCCUAGGGUGAAGUUACUCCUUUCCUUUAUCACUUUAAUAUCUGUUUGGAAAUGAUAUGCAGUGCGUUUGUGGAUCGUGUGUUGCUAACUCCAUGGAUUAGUCUUCUGUUUGACUCUUAUUGCAGCGUCAUCUCUUUCUGGGCUACCAGGCUUAAAGCUUUAGUGCGUCACCGUUUUAUUUUAAAGAACGUCCGUUGCAAUUAAGCCAUGCCAAAUGAGUUGCGUUUGGAGGUUGGGGGUGCGUGCGCAGUCACGGAAAGCUUGUAUCACGUGGUCAUGUCAAGUUUGGUUGUCAUUACUUAGAAUUCCUCAUGGUGGAGACAGACUCUACACACUAUAGCUGUAAGGUAAGGCUACAUUACACUGAAUAUUUGCUCAGACUUCCAUCUAAGAGACAAGUUCUAGCAUGUAUUUCCUGUGUCAGGUUAAAGUUUGACUGUGUGUUUGGAAAUACAGGGACCAUUGUCCACGUGCUGUUUCAUCACCAGACUACAGCAUCACUAUUAACACACCAGUUUGUAGUUCAGCAUCGCUGGGCUCCAUGUUUAUUUAUUACCCGUUUCAUCACGAGUAGGUUUUGUUAUGAAAUUAACAGUCAAGCGUCCUUGUUUGCCGUUUCAUUGAACAGAAAGCCAAAGUGACCUCACUCUUACUCCGUGUCCUCUGGAUUCAGCUGCAUCACAAUCUGGCUCCAUUGUCCGCUGGAAGCGGUUAAGAAGCGGAGCAUCUUCAAGCAGUCUAUUCUUAACAGGACACAUUUCCAAUGGUGUUGAGUAUUUUAUUGAUAUUUUUUAUGAUUGCAGGUCAAUAUGGCCACAAACUGUGUGGCUGUUUUAAGUAGGGAUGUUUCCGUCCACUCUCUUUUGGCCCCUGAGUCCAUACUUAGUUUGAUCAGAUACAAAUUUUGCAUAAAUGUUGAUUAAAUGUAACUGACAAAUUUGAAUAAUGAGAAGCUUUUACCUGAAUGUCUUGUGCACCGCUGUUUACUUAUAUAAGAGGUAAGGUAACAGCUUGGUUAACGGGCAGAACUAGGCUGGGGCUGGUGUAACCAUGUUCAAAUACCAGAAAAAUGAUCUCCUUCACAGCACCGCUCGGCAGUAAAUUGAUGUCAGACACUAGCUGCUCUUUUAUUUAAUUCAUUUAUAAACUAACAUAUUAAUCA